AUGUGGUAGGCAAUACACAGAACUGAUGGGGGGGACUUUGCAGAGUCGUGAUGGGAAGGAGGCACCUGCAGCCAAGCGGGUCGUCGUUACCGCCUGCCGUGAUAAGCUCUGCGCUUGCCGCCUUGGGCUAGCCGCGAGGCAGUAUAUUUUCUGUAUCUCAAUUUUCUACAUGCCGUCGCGGCACCGCCUGACUUUGCACGCUCAACCAUGGCCAAGAGAAAGAGGGAGACGAACGGCGCUGGAGCCGCGAAGGCGCUGAAGAGCAGCAAGGAAGACAGCGCCUCCACGCCCAAGCAGGCUGCAACGAAGAAGGAAGUUGCGUCUCGUAAACCUGCAGCAGGUGCAGUCAACGGGAAGCCAGUCGCAGACGCCAGCAAGCCACGGAUAAGCCCAGAUUCAAAAGGAGGGCAAGAAGAUGCCGAUACGACGACGAUCCAGGUCAUCACCGGCUCCUAUGAGAGAGUGCUCCAUGGAUUUGCAGCAGCCAUCCCCCAGCACCUGGUCACGGGACAAGAAGAUGCCUCACCACCAGAGGCCGACAAGCCCAAGGUGGACUUCACAGAUACCUUCCUGUUCAAUGCGCAUGCUUCGGCUAUCCGAUGUCUGGCCCUCUCCCCGCUAUCCGAUGAGACUUCCAAGGUCACGCUCGCUACAGGCAGCACCGACGAGCGCAUAAACUUGUACUCGAUAUCCACAGCACCCCCAGUCGCCUCAAAGUUCAGGCCCAAGCUACCCUCCCUCCAUGGCGGCUCCAUCACCGAGAAUCCCAAGAACAAGGAGCUUGGGUCCCUGCUCCACCACUCGUCCAACAUCACAGGCCUGUACUUUCCCACGCGAAGUAAGCUUCUAAGCUCCGCAGAAGACAGCACAAUAGCCAUCACACGGACCCGCGACUGGACAGCACUAUCCACUAUCAAAGCACCAAUACCAAAGCCCCAAGGACGACCCAGUGGCGACACUGCAGGACCAGGCGAGGUGCCUUCUGGAAUCAACGACUUUGCUGUCCACCCCAGCAUGAAGCUCAUGGUCAGCGUCGGAAAAGGCGAGAAAUGCAUGCGCCUCUGGAACCUCGUAACAGGGAAGAAAGCCGGCGUGCUCAACUUUGGCAGGGAAAUCCUCACUGCCGUAGGAGAGGGGCGCUUCGGAUCAGGAGAAGGGCGGCAAGUCAUCUGGGACACAGAAGGCGAGGAAUUUGCCGUAGGAUUCGAGCGCGGUGUCGUCGUGUUUAACAUUGAUUCCAAACCAAAAGUCAAGAUUGCGCCGUUGCCGAGAACAAAGAUACACCAGAUGCACUAUCUCCCGUCGGAGUCGCUUCCGGCUACGCUACUGGUGUCUACCGAAGACGGACGCAUACUCUUGUACGACACCAACUCCACGUCAACAACUGAAAGUCCGGAAGCGGAAACAGCCAAAGACGACAUACCUUCAAGCAGACUGGUGGCGCAGAUCGGAGGUCCCGCGGCAGGAAUUACGAGCCGUGUCAAAGACUUUGAGAUCCUCACCCUCUCCGAGAGCAAUUUCAUCGUAGUCGCGGGUAGCAGCGAUGGGACUGUACGAUUUUGGGCACUGAAUACAGAAGAGCUCAAGGCUGGCACAGACGCGAGCAAAGCGAAAGGCUUCACUGCACUGCAAGUUGGCAAAUUACUCGGAUCUUAUUCGACAGGAACGAGGAUAACGUGCCUAAAGGCCUUUGCCAUGACCGGGAAACCAGACGAGGAGGAGGAGGAGGAGGAAGUGGCUGAGAAGAGUGAGGCUUCCAGCAGCGAUAGCGAAUAAUCAGAAGUGAGACGAACAUGUUUAGAGUAGAAUGAUACCACCUGUUAAUCCCAAUGGCGACUCCC